GCGGUGUCCGUGUAGGGAUGCGAAAAGCCAAUGGAACGAGGAUCCGAUAGAAGAUGCAAAUGAUCGUGAAAACACACAGCAAAAUAUGAAACUGCUCUUUUGCAGCCGAGUAAAUCAUAGAAAACUGGUUGGGAACUGGCACCCUUCACCAGAAUUGUGAUGCUGGAACUCUACAGUGGGAACAUGCCUAUGGAAGCUUUAGACAAGUUAUUUUAACAAAGGUAUGCAAACGCAAACCGUUCAGUUACUGGAAAUCAAGGCUUGGCUGCUGCAUUGUUUGUUACCUCAGUAACUUUGAAACUGACAACUCUCUGAAGCUACUGCGCUUAUAUAAAGACAUUCAAACGCAAACUCUUCAACAAAAUCAGCGCCUACAACAUCAAAAGAUGAGCUCAUAUUUCGUCAACUCUCUCUUCACUAAAUACAAAAGUGGAGACACUCUGCGGCCAAACUAUUACGAGUGCGGAUUUGCUCAGGACCUAGGGACGAGACCCACCGUCGUGUACGGUCCAGGCACCGGGGCCACUUUUCAGCAUGCCCCUCAGAUUCAGGAGUUUUAUCACCACGGCGCAUCCACGCUCUCCGCAGCUCCUUACCAGCAGAGUCCCUGUGCAGUAACUUGUCACGGCGAGCCGGGUAACUUCUACGGUUAUGAUGCUCUCCAGAGGCAAACGCUUUUCGGUGCUCAAGACGCCGACUUGGUUCAGUAUAGCGACUGCAAGCUCGCCACGGGGGGCAUCGGCGACGAGACGGACAAAGCAGAGCAGAGUCCGUCGCCCACACAGCUGUUCCCGUGGAUGCGACCUCAAGUAGCUGCCGGACGGAGGCGAGGCCGCCAGACCUACAGCCGCUAUCAGACGCUCGAACUCGAGAAAGAGUUUCUGUUCAACCCCUACCUAACACGCAAGCGGCGGAUUGAAGUAUCACACGCUUUGGGACUGACAGAACGACAAGUCAAAAUCUGGUUUCAAAACCGUCGCAUGAAAUGGAAAAAGGAAAACAACAAGGACAAGUUUCCAAGCAGCAAAUCUGAACAAGAGCAGAUCGAAAAAGAGAAACGAGAGAAAGAACAGGAAUCCGGGACACAGUCAGCCGGCGAAGACUGCGACAAGGCAAAACAAAUGUAGAGCGGAUGCGAGCGUGUGUGUGUGUGUGUGAGAGAGAGAGAGAGAGAGAGAGA